AUGCCGUCACCCAUCCGCGCAACAUCCACCUCGAUCCGUAGACUCUCUCAGACCGCUCGUCAACUGUCCAACGGUAUCGCUCCUCUGCCGCAACUAACAACCAUGGCUUCCGCUCAAGACUACAAGACCCGCCCUGUCGGUUCCCCCAACACGCUCGACUACCGAGUCUAUCUUGAGAACACCAAAACCGGUCUUCCGGCCUCCCCCUUCCACGAUGUUCCCCUCUUCGCCGACGAGUCCAAGACGAUUCUCAACAUGAUUGUCGAAAUCCCUCGUUGGACCAAUGCCAAGAUUGAAAUCUCCAAGGAAGAAAACUUGAACUGUUUCAAACAGGACACUAAGAAGGGCAAGCUUCGAUUUGUCCGAAACUGUUUCCCUCACAAGGGUUACAUUUGGAACUACGGUGCCUUCCCUCAAACUUGGGAAGAUCCUAAUCACACCCACCCCGAUACAAAGGCUAAGGGCGAUAACGAUCCGCUGGACGUCUGCGAGAUCGGUGAACAGGUCGGUUACACGGGUCAGAUCAAACAGGUGAAAGUCUUAGGUGUUAUGGCUUUGCUAGAUGAAGGCGAGACUGAUUGGAAGGUGAUUGUGAUCGAUGUCAAUGAUCCUCUCGCUUCCAAGCUCAACGAUAUCGAGGAUGUAGAGCGUCAUUUGCCUGGUUUGAUUCGGGCUACGAACGAAUGGUUCAGGAUUUACAAGAUUCCCGAUGGAAAGCCGGAGAACCAGUUCGCUUUCUCGGGCGAGGCCAAGAAUAGGAAGUACGCUACCGAGAUCGUUCACGAGUGUAACGAGGCUUGGAAGAGGCUUAUUAGCGGUCAGACCGAUGCGGGUGAGAUUAGUUUGACUAACACUAGUGUUCAGGGUAGUAAAGGGUUUGUGGGUGGAAAUGAUGGUGCUGUGGCUCAGGCGCCUAAAGCUAACCCGCAGGCUGCUGCUCCUAUUGAUCCUAGUAUUGACAAGUGGUUCUUCAUUUCUUCUUCGUCCAACUAA